CAUGUAGAACAUAUGUUGAUUCUUAUCAAGUUGGUGGGCAGGCAAUCUUUUCUACUCCAUAUAUUGCAUUUAUAUCUGUAAUGAUUAACCCUAAUGGUCUCAGAUCAGCAGUAGAAAGAAGUAGGCCUAAUUAUUUUAGGUUUUACAAUGCUCCUGGGAAAUGGGUAGGCCUCCACCUAUAGUCCUUCACAGUUUUACAGCUGUGAUAUAUUUAUUUAUUUACAUAGAUCACAUACAUAAAUAAAUAUGUUAGCUGUAGGCAGCGUUGAGAUAAAAUUCCCAUAUUCUAUUGCUACUAACAUAAAUCCUACUAUAUCAUGUUUUCCUCAUUUGCUCUGUAGGAGGUUCGUCAUAUGAAGGACAUUCAAGUGGAUGUGACCCCUAACCUGCAAUAGGGGCUUAGUGAGGUGACAGACAUCCUGUAAUGGAUCUCCAGCUAGUGUCUGAGGACCUGGAGAAGGCUGUGUCUACAGCUGUGGGGCAGGACAAGCAUGGGACAGACAUCCUGAACGACUCUGAUGUCAGAGCUCCCAUCAGCCCUCUACACCUCACUGCGUACCACAGUCCCCACUAUGCUAUGGAGGUCCUGGUUCAGUCUCUGCUGGAUCUAGACGUGAGGGACAGCCAGGGGCGCACCCCUCUGGACCUGGCUGCCUUAAAAAGCCAUGUGGAGUGUGUUGACGUCCUCAUCAACCAGGAAGCCUCCAUCCUGGUUAAAGACUUCACUCUGAAGAGGACCCCCAUCCACGCUGCAGCCUGGUUAUUACCAGUUUGUAAUAUGACCUGUUGUCGGUGCUGAGCGGAUACACAGACUGUGUGUACUCACUGUUCAACAAGGGAGCCAGCGUAGAAGCCAAAGACAAAUGGCACAGAACAGCUCUACACAGAAGGGUUGUGAGGAGCGUUGGCUGUACGCGCUCACACACAGAAAGAGAGGGGGAGGCACAACGCCAGCUUCCUGGUUUGGGAAGGUAAGGGGCGGAGCCAUGUCCACCUGGUGGCGGCGUCCGGACACAUCGGGGUGCUGGGGUGGCUCCUACACACCGCCCAGUCAGUGUGGACCCUCCCCGUCAUCACAGACAACCAGGGCUACACGCCACUACACUGGGCCUGCUACAACGGUAUGUACUGGACAGAGGGACGGCGAAGUGGGCCAGAGGCCACAAACAAAUACACACAUAAACAUAGCGUGUCUUAAAUCACCACAGCCAGCUUCAGGAGGGCACGAACCGAGACAGUCCGCACAGGAACCUUAAGAGUCCCUCAGACAGAGAGAGAGAAGAGGGAGGGAUAGGGGGAGGCACAACAGGCCCACACUCAUCCUCUCGUACCACCAGGUUCCCUUCCAGCAGAUACUGGACUUCAGAGGAACUGCUGCUGCUAUACCCCAUCUUUACCUUUACCCACAAAGGUCCUAAACGGUAGAAAGUGUCCGGCCAACAGACAGACGCACACCUUAUGACGGCAAUAACCUGUAGUCCAAGGGGAUAGUAGCACUUCACUGAGAGCAAAACAGACAGGGACCAAAAGAUGUGGAAGAAGCAUUUUCAAAACCAGUUUUGACUGUAGAAAUUGGGCUGAGUGUUUGUUCUGAGAAAAGACAUAAGGAGUGAUGUUUCAUUUAAGUUUCAUGAGAGUGAUUGUCAUGUUUAUCCGCACACUAAGACAGUCAGAACACACCUAGCCUCUUGUCUGUAAUCCACGUGGGAGGAGGGGAAAUCAUACAUUUUGUAUGAACAAAUAUUUUAAUAAAAUCAUUCAUGUCUUAAGCUCUGUGGGAAUAAAAAAAUGGUAGCAUUUGCUCUGAUGGGUAAUUGUAAAGAUUUAAUGCAUCCCAAAAGGAACCCUAUACUGAAUAGUACACUACUGUUGAACAGGGUCCAUAGGGUUCUGGUCAAAAGCAGUGCCAUUUAGGAUGCUGGUAUGUAAGCAACAGGACUUUUUGAUGGGACAUAUUACAUUAUUAAACCUACCUGUCCUUUGGCCUCUAGAAAGUAAAUGAUUCAUUAAUGUAUUCUUUCUUGUGAUAUUUAUGUCAUCAUUUUGUGCCUUCGUUAGUUACUGAGGGGAGGUUAGGAGAGUAGGGGCACCUGUAUGAGCGACGAGAGCUGGUUUUACAUGUAAGCAUUCACUAAUAGGAAACCAAGUCAGUUAGGAGAGAAGACUAGUAGACACCCAGCAGAGUAAUUUAAAUGCAAGUUGUCAACCGUGAUAUUAGUUAGCACUGACACCAUUAACCCCGAUUCUAGCAACAUCCUCAUAUGUACCAACCCCAAACACUCAGUUCCACAACCAUCAAGUUAAAAUGAACUAGAACCCAUUCCACAUCAUGUCAAAUCAAAAUCAAAUCAAAUGUAUUUAUAUAGCCCUUCGUACAUCAGCUGAUAUCUCAA